AGGCACAGUACAGAGGGAGGAGGCACAGCAGAGCUUAUGCCGGUGGGCAGCAGUACUUCUGAGCUUCUCUGGAGCCCAAGCUCUUCACACAAAGGGAGGAACAGAGCAGGCAGCAGACACCAUGCAAUCCCUCUCAGCCCCUGCCCAUAGACAGAAUGUCCCCUGGCAAGGGCUCUUGCUGGCAGUCUCAAUCUUAACCUUCUGGAACUCGCUCACCACUGCCAAAGUCACUAUUGUAUCGGUGCCGCCCAAAGUUACUCCAGGAGAGAAUGUUACUCUAGUUGUCCAAAAUCUACCUAGGAAUGUUAUAGGCUAUACCUGGUACAAAGGCUAUGGACCAGCUCGCAAACAAAAAAUUGCAUAUUAUGAUACAAACAGAAAAGUAAUGACCCCAGGGCCUGCAUUCACUGGUCGAGAGACAGUAUACCCCAAUGGAUCCAUGCUGUUUCAGAAAGUCACCGUGGAGUACACAGGAAACUACACGGUGUUUGUCAUAAAGAGACGUCUGCGAUAUGAAGUAGCAAUUGGACAGCUCCACGUAUACUGGAAGCCUGUGUCAAAGCCCUCCAUUAGAGUCACCAUAAUACAUAAAAAUGCCAGAUAAGAAGCUUGUUGUCCUGACCAGCUGCACAAAUGACUCUGAGAUCUCCAUCCUUGGUUCUUCCAUGACCAGAGUCUGCAGCUCACAGAAAGGAAGACACUAUCCAAGGACAAUAGAACCAUCACCAUACACCCCAUUGGGAGGGAGGAUGCCAAGCUUAUCAGUGUGAUGUCUGCAACCCAGUCAGCUCCAGCCAAAGUGACCUCCUCAUGCUGCAUGUGAAAUAUGAGUCUGACCUUCUGGCUCUCUUAUCCUCCUCUAGCUUAUUAAACUCUGAAAAGAUUUUUUUCUUACCUGUAAGAUGAUGAUUCUGAGGCACUUCUCAGUAGAGUUGUUGUAAUAGUCAAUUAUGAAGGUGGAAAUUCCUUAGAAGACUUGCAUUCAAUCAAUAAAUGCUCAACAAUCUUAA